AUGUCCUCGCCUGGGACUGUGAGUUCACCCGUGUCGAUUUCGCCUACUCGUCGGCGGAGUCUUUCACCUAGUGAAAUUAGCGAUCGAACUUCCAUUCGACCCGCCCGACAUUCUCCAACACUGACCCGUUCGUUUGAUCCCAAUGAUCCUCAGGUGAGGGAGAGACAACGAACCAUGGACGUUGAUAUGGCUAUGCAACUCUCUUUAGCACGGAGAGAGACACUUCAUUCAUCUCCAGUGGCCACAUUUUCGAGUCCAGGUACACUGUCUGGUCAGCAGCAACCUCUCUCUGACCACUCCUUUCCGCCACUGGGGUCCCCUGGUGAAGAGGGGCGUGAAAUGACGGAUGACAUUGUUGGGGAGGAUACAGUCUUUGAAAACGCUACCGAUGGGGAUCGGGCUAUUUCUUCUAUUCAUGAAUCCCAAACCUUGCAUCGCUCCGACCCAUCACUACCAUUGCAUCCCACAGAGGACCCACAAUCCAGUAAUUUUGGACUACCAACCUACCAGGCAAAUGUCUCCCAGUCUGCCUUUGAUUUUGCGCCCAUGGAAGAAUGGGCUGCUGCAGAAAAAACUAGACUGGGAUUUACUUCGCCUUUGAAUACUCGGUUUCAAAUCAAUCCUGUUCGUGGGCGCUCGAAGCCUGAUAACGACAUCAAAUCUCCUCCCGCAUUCUCUCCUGAUGCUCAAACCCACGAAGUUUCCAAACUUUCUGGGUCGAUGAAUGAAGCUGCUGUUGCAUCAGGUUCUAGCCUCGCUCCUUUGCAAACAGACUCUAUCCCGGCUGCUGCUUUUGAGGAGACACAUUCCGAUCGCCCGCUACGACACCGUAAGCUAAGUCAGAGUAACCCACAUCCUCGCUCACAUCGAAAAGGAAUCGGUGGAAAAAUGGCUCUUUUUGAAUCUGCUCCCACGGAUGCGCCUUCCUUCUCCGCUCGCCUAGGACUUGUUCUGGGACAUCAGGGUGGCCCGAUAACUUCAGGGCCUUCCGAUGACCAUAUCGCUGGUGUCCCUCGUACAGGACCCGCUGGCGGCAUUCUGAACACUGGACAUGAUCGGCCUUACAGAUUUUCGUUCUAUUCUAAUGCAAUUAGCGCAACUAUACACGCUCGCAGCCUUAGUGAAUUACCUGCAGAGGGCCAAACCUUUGAACAACUGUUUUCUGGCUCGCCUGCCCCACCCAACGAGACGUCAAUGGGUCAUGCCUCUUCGGUGGAAGGCACAGCUGGAAAAGACCGCGGUGCAGCCUUUUCUCCUCCCCAUUCCGAUAAUGUGAAGCAAAUGACACCAGGGGAAGGCGUUGGCUAUUUCCCGCCUCGUGAUAACGGGUACAAUGGACACAAACGGACUGGCGAAAAGGUCGGCGCUGGAGGAGGAGGAGGAGGAGGAAUGAACACGUUAUCAGAUGACCAGGAUGGCAAUACUUGGUGGCUGGACGUACAGAGUCCAACGGAUGAGGAGAUGAAAAUGCUCAGCAAGGUUUUUUCGAUUCACCCCCUUACAACUGAAGAUAUCUUGAUGGAAGAGACCCGAGAAAAGAUUGAGCUAUUCCGCAAUUAUUAUCUCGUCUGUUUCCGCUCCUUCGAUCAGGAUCCAUACAGUCCUACCCACCUUGAACCCUUGAACAUGUAUAUCAUAGUUUUCCGUCAGGGCAUCUUAUCUUUCCAUUUCCGACCCACUCCACACCCCCAAAAUGUGCGCCGUCGUAUCAAACAGCUGAAAGACUACAUCAGCGUCACAUCCGAUUGGAUUUCGUACGCCCUCAUUGACGACAUUACAGAUGCAUUUGGACCAUUGAUUCAAGGAAUUGAGUAUGAAGUAGACAGCAUUGAUGAGUUGGUACUGAUAUUAAAAGAGGCGGAGCAAAGUGACAUGUUAAGGAGAAUUGGAACUUGUCGCAAAAAGGUUAUGGGUCUGUUAAGAUUGAUGGGAAAUAAAGCAGACGUUGUUAAAGGACUGGCCAAGAGGUGCAACGAGAACUGGAGAGUCGCACCUACUUCGGACAUCGGCCUUUAUCUGUCUGAUAUCCAGGAUCAUUUGAUUACCAUGACCCAGAAUCUAAAUCAUUAUGAAAAGAUUCUUUCCCGAUCGCACUCCAACUAUCUUGCGCAAAUCUCCAUCGAGAUGACGGAUGCUAAUAAUCAAAUCAACGACGUACUCAGCAAGCUGACUGCCCUGGGUACCGUGUUAAUUCCUAUGAAUCUGGUCACUGGACUUUGGGGCAUGAAUGUGCAUGUUCCAGGUCAGGAUGUUCCUGGUUAUGCCUGGUUUAUAUCAAUCAUUGCCUGUCUCGCCGCUUUUGCUCUUAUUGGUGGAUAUUCAACUUAUCGCUUCAUGGUUCGACGUUGA